GCCUCUGGAUAACCGCAGCGUCUCGCGCAGUGAUGGAGGUUUGGGGCUUUAUGGAUUUUGCGCUUUGGAUUUCAUUUCUCACGGGCUUCACGAUGGCCAGUUACUCCGAGGACCAGUGCAGCUGGAGGGGAAGUGGUCUCUCUCAGGCGGUGAAGAACGUGGAGCAGGUUUGGUUGAGGUGUGCGGAGGGUUCGGUGGAGUGGCUUUAUCCCGCUGGAGCGCUGCGUCUCACACUCUCGCCCCGUCUGCCGUGGAGCGCCAUGGUCCCAGGAGAGUCCAGCAGGAGCCCGGUGUCGGCCUGCGUCAAGCCGGACCAGAACUGGGGUGGAGCUCAGCUUUACCUGGAGAGAGACGGGGUCCUGGAGCUUCUGGUGGGAGACGACACAUCCGAGACGCCCGGCCCGGUCCAGGUGCGCUGCUUCAGUGCCAUGCCUGGAGAACGAACAGCCCUGUUCCUGCAAGCAACACCUCACCAAGACAUCAGCAGACGCAUCGCAGCGUUUCGCUACGAGCUGAGAGGGGAUUGGAUGGCGCAGCCGUCAGUCAACGCGGAUCCGAUUGGCAGUGAAGGAGCCUGCAGGCCGUGCAAUAACACCGAGAUUCUGAUGGCUGUGUGCACUAGUGACUUUGUGGUCCGAGGGAACAUCCGUUCAGUGGAGACGGACUCAAAUUUGAAAGCGGCAGUGAUCAAAGUGAGCGCAACACGAGUUUACCGGCAAAAGUUCUCCUUGUUCCCUGAGUCGGGGCGUCUGACGCGGUCCGGGGAGAUCCGUACACCUCUUCAGUGUGGCGUUCGUCCCGGCGCGGGGAGCUUUCUCUUCACCGGGCGCGUGCACUUCGGGGAGGCCUGGCUCGGCUGUGCUCCGCGCUAUAAAGACUUCCUGAAGGCGUACGAACAGGCCAAACAAUCCCUGAUGAUCCCCUGCACUCUGGUGAACGACUGACGGGAGAAGAACGAGCGCGUCCCGGCCAAUCGCGACGGACCCUUGAUUCCGGUUCGCAGGGUCUGAGAUGAAACUCCUGAACGCAAGAAAGAAACAAGUUUAGGAGAAUGGAGAAAAAGACACUGAGACAGAAACAACCAAGAGGAAAUCUCAGUGCCGAUCACUGGAUCAAGAUGGAUAUCGGAAUAAGGACAUUCGGGGUUACCGUGUGUCGACGUCUAUCUGAAUCCACCGGUGUAACCCUGAUUUCGGGGGCCUCUUUUUUUAAACUCAGGAAAUUGUGUCUUUGGACACUUUGAUAUGAAUGUCAUAUCAUUGAAAUAUCCAAAGUCCUCAUGAUGUUGGGGACACACUCUGUUCCCAUCAUGUGGGUUGAGUUGGUAAAUAAGCUGAACGCAAUGCAUGUAGCGCAGUCGUCUUUCGCAGUAUUUGACGCCACAGAAAAAAACCUAUUGAUUUGUCAUCCUUUAUAUGAAAAAGUUUUUAAAGAUUUUAAACACUGUUUUUGUAUUGAGAGUAUAUAUUUUUUUCCGCAUACUUUUUUUUUUCCUAAAUAAAAAAAGCAUCUAUUUUCUAAAUUUGCACUGGUGAAAGGAAGGGAACUGGCGAUACCUGGAUGCUGCAAGCACUGAGAAACCAAAACGCAUCUAUAUGUAGCAUAGCAAAAGAUGUUUUAUAUAAAUAUAUUCUAUAAUAUGAAAUCAGCUUUGGUUUAUAUGCUAACAGGCUGAGAAUAGAAUGCAGCUAACAUGAAGUAAUGAAAACGGAAUACAAUAGCAAUAGUAUAUUAAUUAUUCUGAGUCUACGGAUAGCAUGUGCCGAUUACCUCAUGGUUAACGUCAACACUAGUUAGCUUUGAUGUUGCUGAUGUUAUCAAGCGGAUAGCAUUCACCAGUCAGGUUGUGCUAGCUUGAGAUAUACUGAGAAGUUCAGAGCACUUUUACUCUGACGAAAAAUACCUAUCUUCUGUUACGAAAAAGGUGCGUUCACACAGACAACGAUUUGC